GAAGAGUAGAGAGAGAUGUCUGUAAAUAAGAGGUUCUCAUAGGGAGCGAAGGGAUAUUGAAUAAAUCCUGCUGGGAACUUGGCCGAUGUUUAUACUUUUCCCAGCAUCCCAAGUAUUCCCAACCUGAUCUGCUGGGGAGGAUUUCAUAAGACGGAAGAAAACUACAGCAUGAAGAAGAUAUUCUGGAACAAGCCGCAGUGAGUCUCACACCGCUCCCCAAUGAAGCUCCAUCUACUCUUCUCAGUCCUCAUAGUGGUCUUCAAUACCGAGAAAGGAUCGGGUAUUCCUGUUCCCAAACUACAUUUUCAGGAUAAAAUCUACGAGGAUGAAGACACAGAUAUCACAUGCACAUUGCAAAACACGGCCUGCCUGGACGUCACCUUGGAGAUAAAAGGCAAUGCAACAUUAACACAUUGUAAGGAGACACCAGCAGACUGUUCCCAAAACAGGUAUGAUACCAGAAAAGUGUGUACAGUGGAGAUCACCAAGGACAUGGACAAGAUGGAGUUCACAUGUGAGGCUCAUUUCAAAAUCCAGAGUAAGCCAGAGAAGAUGUAUUUACAAAGGGAACCUACUAUUACAGUCUGCCCUGAUAAACUGGUUUGGAAAGAGGGAGAAGAAAACAGUUUCCAGUGUUUGUCAGAUGGAUACCCACAACCCAACGUUACUUGUCGGAAAGACAACUUAAUAUACCCAGUAGGAGAAAAAUUCACAACAUCGAGAAAUAUGACCGGCAAUUUUUCCUGUAUCGCAAGAAACUUUGAUGAAGUAUCCAAGCGAGUAGAAGUGUCCGUACAGUACAAGCCUAAAGUAGUAGCUGUAAUAGUGAAUCCCACUCUCCACAAUGAAGGUGACGCAGUAACAAUUACUUGUGAGGCGGACAGUAACCCUUCUCCAACUUACUCCUGGGAAACCCCAUCGUCUGACAUUCAAUUUUCUCCAAACAACAAAACUGUUACAAUCCACAAGGUGUCCCGUAGUCACUUGGGAACGUACCGGUGCACAGCAAGCAACAUGCAUGGGAGCCACAGUCUGCAGCAGGAGCUCACGCUAGCAGCUCAGCCUAAAAUAUUAGCCAUAGAGACGGAACCAUCCACAGAGGUGCUUAAAGGUCAAAAUUUAACUAUGACCUGUAUUGCCACUGGAAUCCCUGCUCCCUCUUUGAGCUGGAAACAUCCAUCAGCUAUGGUUGAAACAUCUAAGGAUCCGGACACUAUCACUAUAUGGAACAUGUCGAUGGAACACGCAGGAAAUUACACCUGUACUGCUCAGAAUAAGUAUGGGAUAGCCACUCAGAGCCAGAAAAUCACACUUGCAGUCAAGCCUAAAGUAAUAAAUAUUAACGUCAAGCCUUCAACGACCGUGUCGGAAAAUGACAACUUGACCUUGACUUGUGUGGCUCAGGGUGCACCCCGUCCAACAUACAGUUGGCACCCUCUGACACCUAAUGUGAUCCCCUCACCUGAUAAGAGCAGCAUUACUAUCUUUGCUGCCCAGAAAGCCCAUGCCGGAGAUUAUAGCUGCACCGCUGAAAAUAAGCAUGGGCGGGACACAAUGACAAAGCAUAUAACAGUCACAGGAAACCGAGGAGACAGAAGCAAAAUGAGUAUCACCACCCUCACUAUGCUGAUCUUCACAAGCCUGAUCUUCUAUUUGCCCUAAGGAAUUCCCUCUUCAUCUACAGCAAAUAUAUGUUUUUUCACAUGGUUUAUUGUUUUCCAAAUCCAGGAACUGAAUUCAUUAAAUUUCUUCUUUUUUAUUUAUUGUAUCAUGGUUUUUCACCGGUUUUGAUAACACGAUUUUCUAAAGUGAUGUUUUUUGCUUUUUUUGCUGUAAUAUGUUUCAAGCAAACUAUAAUAAAGUUUUAUGUCAAAGACGAAAGAUGUAACCUGAGGCUAUUC